GUGGAAUGCACAUAGGGAGGUAUAUAAAGAUAAACACUGUAUGACCCAUUUACAAAUCACAAUACAACAACACAGACAUUAAGUUAUAUAAGAUAACAAUAUGGUACAAUUAAGCAACGCCGCGGAAUCGAUGUUCUUCUUCAAUCCAGACAAUCGUGAUGUACAAGUGAACAAGGUACCAGUUCGAUCGCCAACGAUUCAACGCCGUAGCAUCUCGGGAUCAACAAAAAGUGUUAAUCCGUCGGAUACUAUGGUGUUCUGGAUGGCCAAAGGUGGUCUAGAAGAUGUCCUAUAAAGUGAUCUGUCUGAUUAAAAUGCAUCCUGUGCCGCUGAUAACAUCCACAUAUCCUGUAAAUGAGACGGGGUUUGAUAAAAUUGCUACCAAUGAGGCGCUUCCGUCUCAUAUGAGUUGUAACUAGUGUCUGGAGCACAGUUGCGCUUGAGUGUGAACUACCACAGUCCCUUCUACGUCCUGGCCACACCCCUCGUCAAAUAAUAACAUGGCAGUAGCAACUACAACCAAUAAACUUAGGUCGUAUAUAUAAAUAUGGUACAAGUUUUCAGUACUAAAGAAUGCCCGCUUUUUAAAGCGGACUAUUCUUCUCUCUUAGACUUAAUUAUCAAGUGUGUGACAUAUAUCUCAGUCACACAACAUGUUGGAAAAAAGUAGGACUUGGACGUCAUCACACUAAAUUAUACUUUAUAGAUAAUAAACAUGCUCAUCCA